GCUCGCAGCUGGUUUCGGGUGUCUGAUUCACAGCCUGCUGUUCUGCUCUGCGGCCUUCUGUUUUUGUGUUUUGGAGUUUUAUUCUCGAUUCCUCGGCGUUGUUAUUCCGCCUUACUCGGCUUUAUGUUGUAAAAUGUGUCCUCUGUAGGCGUGUCUUAGUGCUCAUACUGCGUGGAUAAAUUUAAAUAAUUGCGCAAAUUCAAAAGCAACGCAAUGUUCCGCUAUUUGGAUGAUGUUGAUGACAGUCCAUAUAUGAUGGAUCCAUUUGCAGCACACAGACACCAGAUGAGGAGCUUGUUUGGCCCCUUUGGCUUUGAGCCUUUUCCCCUUAACCCUCAGAUCCAGUCUCCAAGAACACACCUGCAGCCACAGGCUGGAGCCUUGACUCCCUUCGGCAUGAUGGGAAUGGGCGGGGGCUUCAUGGACAUGUUUGGGAUGAUGAGUGAGAUGAUGGAGAACAUGGACAGGAUGUCUGGUACUCCGAGCUGUCAGACCUACUCCUCCUCCACAGUUAUCUCCUACUCCUCCACUGAUUCUGGAGCACCCAAAGUCUUCCAGCAGACCAGUGAAGUGCGCACCGCUCCUGGAGGGAUCAGGGAGACGCGUCAGUCUCUCCGUGACAGUGAGAGUGGUAUGGAGCGGAUGUCCAUUGGCCACCACAUCGGUGACAGAGCCCAUGUGAUAGAACGCUCCAGAAACCGCCGCACGGGAGAUCGGGAGGACAGACAGGAUUUCAUCAACCUGGAGGAGAGUGACGCAGCUGCAUUUGAUGAGGAAUGGAGGAGGGGGGUGGGACGGUAUGCGCCUCCUAAUAUCCGUGGGCUGGAUUAUGGGCGGGACCGCAGGAUGGGAGCAGGGCAGCUGGCUUUGACCGCACCCCCAAACUCCUCCUCCCCAGCACCCCGUCACGAGUCGCCCCGACACCCCCCUCGUCCUCGUUACGACUGGUGAAGGAGCUGAGCAGUAGGACCAUGAUCUACCUGACGCUGUGAAGGAGUGUUUUGGAGAACUGAACUGGACUGGACUGAUAUCCUGUAUGAGCCACACGUUGACCUGCAUCCUGGCAUGAAGUGUGUAUGUGCAAGUUAAAAAAGCUUAACUGCUGCAGUGAUGUACAGAAUUGAAACUUUCAUGUGUUAGCUUCAUGCCAGGGCUCAAUUCCCAAAGCAUACACACCAGCCUUCAAUAUAUAUUACCUGUAAGCGUAGUAUGCAUCAGUGGUUCAACUCCUCAGUCCCCUGUGACAUUCUACACACACAAUCUUAAAGUGAAUCGAAGUUCAUUCCCAUGCUUCCAACACUUAAAUAUUAAAAUAUGUAAUAAUACACUACAGCACACCCCACACACACACACACACAUACACACACACGCGUGCACUCACAGUAAAGUUCCUAAAUGUUUGUGUUGUUGACACCAUGGUAAUAUGUGGGUUGAAUUGUACAAUGUUGACUAAUUAACCUUAUUAACAAAUAAUAAAAUCUUGUUAGUUAA